AAAUGGCUAUUCUGAGGCUGUUUCAGAGAGUUUAUGGUAAAAGAAAUCUAAUUCCUUUUCUUACGAGAUCUAAUUUUUUUCAAAGCAGAUUAGCCUCCACUCAAGUCGAGAAAUCGGAAUGGCCUGAUGAUGGACUGGGUCUUGGUAGCUACCCAAAGUUACCAGACAUUUCAUCUCAAACCAAACCACCGCAUGGCUGGUGGGAUGUCCAAGAGCGAAGAAAUUAUGGUGAUCCUCUUCAUGAGGAAGAUGAUGCCUUGAAUGUUUGGAUGUAUGAUGCUCCAGAAAAGAGUUUAUAUCCUCCAAAUGAGGCAUUGCGACAUCUUCUGACAAUGUUUGCUUUAGUUGGUGGUUUCAUGUAUAUUGGUUAUCUUUAUGGCAAAACAUCAAGUGGGAAUAGAAACCAAUAUACACCAAAACAGUUCCCAUAUAAUGAUAACCAUCAUAUCUACAAAGAUGGAGACCCUAAACAAAGACUAAAAAUAAACUAAAUGUUAUGUUUUUUUGUAAUGUAAAUAUAUAUUUGCCUGGUGAGCUCAUAAUGAUUUCAAGAUUCUGUAAAAUUAAAUAAGGGCAGACACAGCAAGAGUUCUUUAUGGAAGAGUAU